UAAAGAAGUCUUUGCAGAGUUUGAUGUGUCAGAUACUAUUAAUAGGGUGGGAGAUGAAGCACAACAGGAAGACUAUUGGAUUUACUGUAAACCCGGGCAGAGCCUGAGCAGCAGCAGGACUGGUGCAUUUUCUGACAGCAUUGUGAAGGGAACAGUAUGUAGAAGAAUGAUCUUACUGACAAACUCCUGGAGACUUCAUGAGGGGACGCAACAGGGUGGAGGUUCCCUGAAGAGGCUGUGCAAUCUUUCCUCACACUGAACUCCCAGACAUAGGGAUAGAAUCCUGCCUUCAUUGCAAAAGAGCCUCAAAUUGAUCAGUUGUAAUUACUUAUUAACUAAUCUUUUAUCAGCCUUAUCUCCUAGGUUUAGCUAGCCAUGGUUUCCCUUUUUACUGGGAAGAUCCUGAUUACAAACAACAAGGACUGUGAUGAAGUGGACACUGAGCGUGAACUUAGCCAGAGACUGGAUAACAAAGUGAUGCUGCUGUAUUUUGGAUCUGGUGAAUGCACUCGAUGCCAGGAGUUUUCACCUGUCCUCAAAGAUUUCUUUGUGAGACUCACUGAUGAAUUUUAUGUGGAAAGGGCUUCCCAGCUGGUCCUGGUGUACGUGUCUCAGGAUGAGACAGAGGAGAAGCAAGAAAAGUUCCUGAAGACCAUGCCAAAAAGGUGGCUGUUCUUACCCUUCCAGGAUGAGUUCAAAAGGGAGCUGGAGUUGAGGUUUGCUGUGUCCAACACACCUGUAGUGGUGGUGCUGAAGCCAAGUGGGGAGGUGAUUGCUGGAAAUGCUGUGGAGGAGAUCAGGUGCUUGGGCACUGCCUGUUUCAGGAACUGGCAGGAGGCCGCUGAGCUGGUUGACAGGAGCUUUCUCUUGGCAGAGGACUUUGAUGACUUGGCCAAGAGGAGCAUCACCGAUCCGAUCCGCCGCCUCAAGUACAAGCUGGACAAGAAGACAAGGAAAAAGAAGGAGACCGAGGAAGUGCUCUGUCCUGAUAUGGACUGAUGAAGUUCCAGCGGUACAUACAUAUGCUAGGCU